CGCACGGCGACCUGCCGCGAUUCCUGAGAGCUGUCACAUCUGGCACGUGAGCUCAGAUGUCGACAGCACGGGUUACGUAACGCGGUUCAUCCCACUGGUUUUAAUGUCUGGGGCGAAGCCAACGCGCGCCGAUGUGCGGACUAAGCUUUAGGACCAGGAAUAGCCCUUCGCAGAAGACCUCCCUUCGGUGGGGCGACAGCUGUGCCAGGCCUAACAUUUAACAAAGAUACCACUGACACCCUACAUCCCAUAGGUCGUUAGGUCGUUAGGUUACCGCGAGUGUUUUAGUGUAUUUAGAUAUAUUUUAUGAUAUUUAUUCUUAUACUAUUAAUAACUGAUGUACUUGUAAAGACGUUUCGUGUGAGUGCGAGGGAGGCGCAUUUUUCUUCGGAGGGCUUUUCAUUAACAAAACAUCAAAAUGAUCAACAUAGCGGGUGUGAUCUCGAUCAUCAUUUUCUACGUGCUUAUCCUGGCGGUGGGGAUAUGGGCGGGACGGAAGAAGGAGGCUGGCAACGAUUCAGAAGAAGAGGUCAUGUUGGCGGGCAGGUCGAUUGGACUGUUCGUGGGGAUAUUUACGAUGACAGCGACGUGGGUGGGCGGCGGCUACAUCAACGGCACCGCGGAAGCUAUCUACACCUCCGGCCUGGUGUGGUGUCAGGCGCCCUUCGGGUAUGCGCUGUCGCUUGUCUUCGGAGGGAUCUUCUUCGCGAACCCGAUGCGCAGGCAGGGCUACGUCACGAUGCUGGACCCUCUCCAGGACUCGUUCGGCAGUCGUAUGGGCGGGUUGCUGUUCCUGCCAGCCCUGUGUGGCGAAGUGUUCUGGGCUGCUGGUAUCCUGGCUGCACUUGGAGCCACCCUGGCUGUAAUCAUCGACAUGGACCACCGCACGUCAGUCAUCUUCAGCGCCUGUGUAGCCGUCUUCUACACCCUAUUCGGAGGCCUUUACUCCGUCGCCUACACGGAUGUCAUCCAACUCUUCUGCAUCUUCAUAGGCCUGUGGAUGUGCAUACCCUUCGCCUGGGCUAACGAUCAUGUCAAGCCCUUAAGUUCCAUGGAAGUGGACUGGAUUGGAAGGAUUGAUCCGGAUUACUACUGGUUCUAUAUUGAUUACGGGCUCCUGCUGAUAUUUGGCGGGAUCCCUUGGCAGGUAUACUUUCAAAGAGUGCUCAGCAGUAAGACGGCAGGACGAGCGCAGGUGCUCUCCUAUGUAGCGGCCAUCGGCUGCAUAUUCAUGGCCAUCCCACCUGUGCUUAUUGGAGCCAUUGCUAAGGGCACUGCAUGGAACGAAACGGCCUACCGCGGACCCUUAACACCCGAUGGCGAACUGACCUCCGACCAGACGUCUAUGAUCCUGCCACUAGUGCUGCAGCAUCUGACACCGGAUUUCGUCUCCUUCUUCGGCCUGGGAGCUGUCUCGGCAGCCGUCAUGUCUUCAGCUGACUCCAGUGUGCUAAGCGCUUCUUCGAUGUUUGCCAGGAACGUGUACAAGCUGAUCUUCAGACAGAACGCUUCGGAAAUGGAGAUCAUCUGGGUGAUGCGUGUCUCAAUUCUGAUAGUGGGCGUGCUUUCUACCAUCAUGGCGCUCACCAUCCCUUCCAUUUAUGGCUUGUGGUCAAUGUGCUCAGACCUGGUGUACGUGAUCCUGUUCCCCCAACUCCUCAUGGUGGUGCACUUUAAGAAACACUGCAACACCUACGGGUCUUUGGCUGCUUACAUCGUGGCACUCCUGGUUCGACUGUCAGGAGGAGAGAAGUUGCUUGGUCUACCAGCGCUGAUCCAUUACCCGGGAUGGGACGCGGAGAACGAAGUACAGCUGUUCCCCUUCCGGACGAUGGCGAUGGUUCUGUCACUCUUCACCCUGGCCUUCAUAUCCUGGCUGUCUGUAUACCUCUUCAACUCCGGCUACUUGAGUCCAGAAUCCGACUACUUCAACUGCGUAGUCAACAUCCCAGAAGACAUCCGUCGAGUCGACGAGCCUUCCGAGGCUGGGGAGCAGAUGUCGGUCCUCGGAGGAGUCCCUGGUAGGUUGUACGGAGCCGCAUCGACCCUGGUAGGACCUGACGAGAAGUCCGGAAGAAUAAAUCCGGCGCUUGAAACCGAUGAUGAUGAUCUUGAUGAUCCGAACGAUGGACCGACAGACCUAUUCGGCAACAGUAACGCACCUCCGGUCCAGCCGUUUGGCAAACAGACUGCUUUCUGAGACGAUUAUUAUUUUUAUUAGUUGAACUUAACCAUUAAGUUUGUGGACAUUGGUAUGAAAGCACCAAAAUAAUCAUUGAUGGAGGAGAAAUUGCGAAUAUAACAAAAAAUGAUUGGUUUGGUUCACGGUAAAAAAAAUAUGAAUGCGAGUAUUAUUGAAACCUUUGCAGGUGGUUAAAGUAAAAAAGAAAACACACGCGGGAUUUUUUUUUACACGUUUUUAUUAACUCGCUUUCUUAUAGGUCUGUUCGUUACAAUUUUUUUGAAAAUGAGUCGGCAAAAGAUUUUUUCAUAAUACCAUGUAGUAAGUAAAAAAUUGAUAAUUAUCACUUAGUGACAAAGUAUACAAAAUAAGCGAGUUAGGUAAUAAUUAAUGACACUAUUAUCUUUUUCUCAUGUACAAGGAAAUAGGGCUGUUUUUCAGAAUUGAUUUCUAUGGAAUCGCGUGUGUAUUUGGGUUUUUGAUAUCAAUGUUCCAAGCAAUAUUAUUUUAGGUUGUAACUGCGCUGAAUACCUCUAAAUAGCGUCAGUGCUGGACUCUAAAACGAUAAAACAUCGAAGAGUGGUAACGAUACACAUUUUUCAAAGAUACGGUUUAGUGUGCUCAAAAUUAACGACAUGCGAGUACUUAAUAAUUACAGUUUCUUCCGAAAGCACAAAUUUUGUAUUGAGUUUAAGGUUGACUUACAUUGGCGGCGUUGCUAUGCGAUGUUUUUUUAUAGCACUGUGUAAUAUAGCCCUAACUUUGUAAAAACAAGUUGCAAAAAGUUCGUGUGCAUAAAAAGAGGAAAAACGAUCAAAUAUAACCAAUAAGAAAAAGGACGUUCUAUAAAAUUACUGCCAUAGGCAUGUAACAAAAAUAGACAAGAAAACCUAUAAUACCGGUUUCCCACGGUGUGUGAUUCUGCGGAUUAUCACGCAUGGCAGACGACAAGAGACCACGCAAACGGCUCAGACAAUGACAACGACGUGUCUGCUCUACCACGGACGAUACUCUUCCCAUGGUGCGUCGUCGUCGGUGUGGAAUGGUCCGCGUGAACCGUGGGUAGCCGGUAUAACGUUUUCCAUAGCAGUCUGGGAUAUACUGCGCAUCGCCAAUGUAUUUAAUCCAUGUGUAUAGUAUGCGUCGUAAAAGGGCCGCUGGCUUUGGUCAGUAUUAUCCUUUACAGUGUGUGUGUCGUAGAAGACAUUAAAAUUAUAACGUCUAGUGGAUGUGUAAUAAGUCUAAGAGGAAUUUAUUUUGUAGAAAAUAUCUGUAUAUCUGUAAUAAUGAAACGCAUACAUAUCAAAGAAAUGUGAAACUAAGUAUAACUAUAUUAUAUUUGUUGUUAGUAAAGAUAUAUCACUAUUUAUUGAAGAGAUUCCUUAUUUAAGUCAAUUAAUGUAGGAAGAGGAGCACGAAUAUAUUAUUCUAUGUGCAACGCUUCUAGAUAAAAGGGGUAAUUGCGAAAUGCAGUCGUAAUUAAUGCAUCCUUAGUAUCAAACUUGCUAUCAUUGCAUCGUUAUCAUCAAACUUGUUAUCAUCUAUGUAUUGUGAUCAUCGCGAUCGUCUAUUUCAGCUUAUAGUGUUAUCCAAUAGAAAUCAUCCGAUUCAGAUUCAAAUAUGGUUGCAUCAUAGUUAUUAGUUUGGUGCUUUGGGAACAGUUCUAUUGAUUUUAGUAUUCAAAGGUUCAUUUUAAAUAUUCAUCGAUUUUAGUUUUUGUUCUCCUGUAAAUUGUUAAUCGAGGUGGGCAUUAACAAUUCUAACACAGUUUCAGAGUGUUAGACUAAUGCUGUUGUUACCUUUCGUUAGUUUUAGGACUUCUGAACUGUUAACUGAGAAAAAUAAAGACUUUGCAUUUGUAAUAUCUAAAUAAACGAGCCAUAAUCUAUACUUAUAAUAUUAAAAAAAAAAAUACGACUGUCCCGUCAAAAAACACAUUUCACAUUUUGAAAAUGGCGCUAUACACAGCCGCCAUAUUGAUUUAAAAAAAAAAUUAUAGCCAGUGACUCUUGGAGUAAUAUAAGGAUGCUAAUGAUAUCCUAUACAUCCAAAUUUAUUCAGACAUUUAGAAGUUAUGGUGAAAUAAAUAAACUCACAUACAUACAUACUUGAACCUUCAAAUUAUUCAUCCAUUUUAGACAUACCCCGGAGUAUGUCAGUCUUUCUGUUACAACUUACAGCCUUCAAUAAUUAUUAUUGUAAUCGAUUCUUGAAAAGUAGGUUACAUUUAAUUCAACCAUUGUCGAUUGAUAUUGAUUGCGAUUUCGUUGCGCAAUUACGCCUUAGAUGAGUUUAUUAAGACUUUAGCUGCGUCACACGACCAAAAUAUGAAGCCCUUUAAAUAAAGGGUAAAAAUAUUAAUGUAUUAAAAAAAUAUUAAAAUCUAUCUCAAAUUAUUUAUUAAUAUUGUUUAUUAAAAAAAAUUGAGAGUUUAAGAUUAUUACGCUUUUAGAUCUCUUUAUUUUAGUACUUAUUUAAAAAUAUUUAUUAGUUAAGGCGAAUUGUCACAGCAAUUACUUUGAAUAAAUUAGGAUGCCUAUAUGGUGAAUGUGGUAAAUAAACAAAAUGACAUGAAAUUGACUACCUAUUAUAUUAUUGUAAAUAUAUUUUUUUAAUUCUAUUGUCUUUUAACUGAGUAGAAUGUAUUCGUUCUGGAAUAUGACGUAUAAAAUACGCCAAUAGCAGUAAAUAGUAAAAAUAAAAAUAAAGAAAUUAACAUCGCGUCGUAGGUUGUGCCUAAUAGUAAGUUUCUCUGAACAAAUCUUUGGGUGAAUAAAAAUCUGUAGAAAAUAAUAAAGGCCGACGCAAAAUGGUGGACGGGACGGCAGAGGGUUUUAAAUUUAUCGAUUCAUUCCUAUUUUAUACUAAUUAAUAUCCAAUUAAAAUAUUACUUCAAUGUUUGGAGACCUAUCAACCUACCUUGGAGUGUCUCAGCGGAUUUGAUAUAUAAUCAUUUACUUAAAAAAAAAAUGUAACUAUAAUGGGUAUGUUAUUUACCUAAUAAGUAAUACGGGAUAAAUAAUUGAUAUAAGUUUGAUAUUGCAAAAUGUAACAUUACAAUACGAUAAAAAGGUAGUUGCUGUGACAAUAUAUUACACUUAAUUAAACAAUUAUUAAAAUUUUAUUAGGUUCUAAGUAAAACUUAGCGGCUGUACUUACCUGACUAAUUUUUGAGCGAGGAUUUUAUGAUUAUAUUUUAUUUUCUUAGGAUAUAGUUGGCAAUGUGCAACUGAGAUACUUAUAAUAUGUUUGAUCUUAGUGGUAGCUCAGCUAAUUAUAUUUUUAGGAAGCUUCAUAACAUCAGCUGAUUGAUUGAGCUAUUAAAUAAUAAAAUAUUUUCUUAAACGUAACAAUUUCAAUUUUUAUGAUUAAAAUAUUAUAAUGAUAAACUAUGAAAGACACUUUAAAAAAUUAAUGAACAUAUCGUAAGCAAUCUAAUAUAUACGUACAAAUAGAUAUAUUGAUGUUUUUGAAAUAUCCUUGAAAAUAUUGUAUCAAAGUUGGGACAUCAAAUAAAAUAAUUUCGGUGAUCAUCUUUCUGCAAAUGAGAGAAAAAUACAUUAUAUACCUAAGUGAGACAGAGAUAUUACGUGUUCAAACUAAGAAAGAAAAAUUGUGUCCUAGCUAGAAAUAUAUUUUGAUUAAAAAUAUUUUAAACGUAAGUAUUUUCAAUGGAUUUUGUACGACACAAUCCAUUAAAAAUAUAUAUAAUCAAAUAAUAUUUAUAGUUAGACAGUCAUAAUAUGGCGAACACGAUUUUCCAUUCUUACUUUGGACGCGUUAUAACUUAUAAUGUAUGUUAAUGGCCGAAACUAUUUUUAUUUGAUGGAGAAAGUAAUAUAUUUCUACUAUACUCUCAGUGUAUUAAUACUCGAUUUUUCGCUGAUAUUGUGAAAACCCCUGAAAUCGUAUUGAAUCGUAGGCUAAAAUGUAUCGGUGUUCAAAAAUAUAUGGAUGUGUUAAAUGUUUCCCCAAAAAUCUCCUUAUCCGUGUAAAAUACGGCUUCGAUCUAGGGAUUUUUAAAAUGUUUUAACCUCUCUUUUUAUCCAAUAUUGAGAUGGGACGGGGCUUUUACUAAAGGUUUAUAUAAGCGCAUUUCUUAUAGAAUGUUUGGAAUAUAUGGAAUAUAUAGAUAUACGUAUUGUACCUAUCGAUAUAAUUGUGAUAUAGUCACCUGCCUGAUGAAUACUUCGCGAAGACUCAACCAAUACAUAUCAUUAUGUGAAUUAAUGUAUUAAAUUAAUAUAAAAUAUAUCACAUAUGUUAGUGAUAGAUGGAACGGAUACAUAUCAAAUAUUUUUAAGGUAGUUUUAGAAUAUCGUUGUUGUUCUUAACACUGUUGCGUGCUAAUGUUGUUGCAGACGGAUAUAUCU